AGUAUGGUUGAUAUCUUUAAACAAUUGCCUUGGUACCCAUAAUCUUUGAAAGCUACUUCCAAAAUAGAUUCUACAAUAGGUCCGGAGUUUGCAUUGCCUUGCCGUUUACUCGUGAUAGACCCCCUGGAUGGCUCUACUCUGUGACAUUAUUUAUUGGAUUCAACUUUGCUACAUUUUUGUUGAUUGCAUUUGGACAAUGGUCAAUAUUUAUGGAAGUAAGGAAAUCUAGUGUUAGGACGAAGAAGAUCAAAUCUGCAAGAAAAAAGGACCUAGUGGUUGCAAGAAAUUUGCUUCUAGUCGUUACAACCGACUUCCUUUGUUGGUUUCCGAUAGGAGUGAUGGGUAUAAUGGCAUUGAAUGGCCACGUGAUAUCUGGAGACAUCUAUGCUUGGACAGCAGUAUUUAUAUUACCUAUAAAUUCUGCUUUGAAUCCGGUAUUGUAUACACUGACAGCUAUACUUGGAAACACGAAAUUUAAUCCGAACACAGAAGAACAGAAUAGAACCGAGAUAACAGAAGAGCUCGGUAAUUAUUUCAAGGAUUGUCGUCUUGUUAACAAGAUGAUAUCUGUUAGAAGGAUUCAGAAAUCGGAUUUUAAAAGUGUAACAUCUGUCUUGGAGCAAGACUACAGCUUAGCCACCCAUGACCUUGUAAGGCUGUCAGUGACCCUGUUUAAACUGCUUGACGUUAUCCACAAAGGAUCGUUGGUAUUCGAGAACCUGAAUAAAGAUUCAGUCCAUAUUAAGGUGAAAGGGGAAAAGAUAACUGGGGACAUUAAAGUGUUAGGAGAACCUCGAGAAUCAAGAAAAAGUGAAGAUAUCCCUAACGACACGUUACAAGCUGCGGUUAUCAUACAUUCAUUAAUGAGCCAAUUAAAUGUCUCAAAAUAAUGAUGUGUUGCUAACCUAUUUAAAUUUGUUAUUGUGAGCUAUUAUAUGUUGUAUUUGUUGUAUCUAUUUUAUGGUUUUUAUUCUCACUAUUCCUUGGAUUACAUUCGCAUUUUCUUGAUUAAUCAACGCAUAUGUGAAGCAAAUAUUUGCCAUUUCUUAUGGUUAUGGGUAGACAGAAAGACUCAACUGAACUAAAAUUAUGUUUUAUGACGUUUCUAUCUAGAAUGGUUCUUUUGUUAAGGCAUGAAAUAUCUCGAUCUUCUUUUUUAAAUAAAUAU